GCCAUCCGCAGCUGGCGGGCUGCAGGCAAACAGGAUGACGAGCGGGUGACGGGGCGCAGGGAAGGGGGAGCGUGGCCUUGCACGGGGGCCGGCAGCCCCUGUUCUGCUGUGGGAGCGACGCUGGCAAGAAGGACCCCGGCGAGGAGGGGAGCAUCACCCACCUCCCCAGGAGCAAAGGCAAGGAGAAGACAGUGGCCAUGGUUGUGGUGGGGUUUCCUUCUAAAGGACGCAGGAGUAGAGCGCUUGCUGCCCAGGCACUGGAGCUGCUGGCUUAGCCCUCAGGGGGGAUGGCGAGCCGAACAGGGCUGAACACCACGGGCAGCCAGGAACCACUCUCCGUCCCUGAGCAGUCUAUCGCCCAGGAGGUGGUGGGCCUCCUCUGCAUGGUCCUCCUCACCCUCACUGCCCUGGUGGCCAACACCGUGGUGAUGGUAGUCAUUCUCAAAACCCCCCUUCUCAGGAAGUUCAUCUUCGUCUGCCACCUCUGUGUGGUUGACCUCCUCUCUGCCAUUUUCCUCAUGCCCCUGGGGAUCAUCUCCAGCUCCUCCUGCUUCAACAGGGUGAUCUACAGCAUUGCCGAGUGCCAGGCCUUGAUAUUCCUGAAUGUCUGCUUCAUCAGUGCCUCCAUCCUCACCAUCUCCAUCAUCAGUGUGGAGCGGUACUACUACAUUGUCCACCCCAUGAGGUAUGAGGUCAAGAUGACCAUCAGGCUGGCAGUGGCCGGAGUGAUCUUCAUUUGGGUCAAGUCUGUUCUCAUUACUGUCUUGGCACUGGUGGGCUGGCCUCAAGGCAAUGGGGCCACCAGCGCCAGCCGCUGCACAGUCUACUGGAGCCCUGGGGCCCACAAGAAGGUUUUUGUGAUCAUCUUCAGCAUUGUCUGCUUUGUCCUGCCCACCAUCAUCAUCUUCGCUGUCUACUGCAGUGUCUACCGUGUGGCCCGGAUGGCAUCCCUGCAGCACGUGCCUGUGCCAGCACAGGCAGCUGCACCAAGACACCGAUCCGACUCCAUUGCCAGCCAAGUGACCAUCAUCACCACCAGGAAUCUGCCGCUGCCCAGGCUGACGCCAGAGCGCUUUUUGGGAAGCAACAAGGCCAUCCUCACCUUGGUCCUCAUUGUGGGACAGUUCUUGUGCUGCUGGCUGCCCUUCUUCGCUUUCCACUUGCACUCCUCUGACACCAUUGGCAUGGUGGGUGGUGGGCAUGGGGAGAUGGUGGUCACCUGGAUUGCCUACUCCUCCUUCGCCAUCAAUCCCUUCUUCUACGGGCUGCUGAUGCCCCGGCUCCGUCGCAGCUGUCUCAACCGGCCACUGGGCCAGGAGCUCUGUCUUUCCGUCUCAGAGGCCUCUGUCCAGGAAAACUUCUUGCAGUUCCUCCAGAGAGCAACUUGCACCCUGGAGACCCACGCCAGUUGCAUCAACCCCAGCCCCAGGAACAGGCUGGAGCAGACCAGGAUGGGCUUCCCCAUCCCAGGUCAAGUUCCUGAAGAGAGCAGCUGA